AUGGCUGAGGAUUUGAACAUCCCAGCCCCGGAUGUGGCCGGCUUGGUGGGAAAAUCUCUCGAGAAAAAUAGUGCAGGAUCUAAAGCAUUCAACCCGUCGGGGAAGCAGGGCCAUGGCCCUAUUGUACAGCUCUUGCGAGGGCUGUGUUUCGCCGUCUACUUCUGGACAUGCUGUAUUGCCAUUUUUAUCACACAGGCCGUCGGCUCGCCCCUCUAUCUUAUCAACCAAGAGUGGUACUACGCUUAUAUGGCCAUGACGAAGCGAUCCUUCGCUAUCACGACGACGGUGAUGACCCACCUUUGGGGCUCGACGACGAUCCGGAUUAGCGGUGACGAGACUGUCGCGGGACAGAUUCGACCGACGGCGGACGGCGGGGUCGAGUUUAAAUUCCCCGAGCGCAUUGUUCUUAUUGCAAACCAUCAAAUUUAUACAGAUUGGCUAUAUCUCUGGUGGGUUGCGUACGCGAACCGACCGGGACUCCACGGGCACAUCUACAUCAUUCUGAAGGAGUCGUUGAAAUAUAUUCCCAUUAUAGGCUGGGGCAUGAUGUUCUAUAGCUUCAUCUUCAUGUCAAGGAAGAUGGCCACAGACCAGCCGCGCAUGUCGCACAGACUCCAGAAACUGCGAAAGCUGAAGACAGAUCCUCAGGGCCGGACAUACCUGGACCCUAUGUGGCUGCUCCUCUUUCCUGAAGGAACGAAUCUCUCCGGCAACGGCAGAAGGAAGUCAGCUGCAUGGGCGGCCAAGAACGACCUCCAGGACAUGGAGCAUGUGAUGUUGCCACGAAGCACUGGCAUGUUCUUCUGUCUAAACGAGCUCAAGGGAACGUUAGAUUAUGUAUACGACUGCACAGUCGCCUACGAAGGCAUCCCCCGAGGCAAGUUUGGUGAGGAACUUUUCGGGCUCAAGAGCACAUACUUUGAGGGGAAGCCUCCAAAGUCAGUUAACUUUCACUGGCGCCGUUUCAAGAUCGCCGAUAUUCCCCUCGACGAUCCGGAGAAAUUCAACCUCUGGCUCCGAGAGGAGUGGUACAAGAAGGAUGCGCUCAUGGAGGAGUACAUGACCAACGGCCGCUUCCCCCCCAUGGCAGGUUCCGAGGUCGAUUACAUCGAGACCUUGGUCAAGACCCGGAAACCCUGGGAGAUUCUGGAGGUCUUUACCGUCGUGGGACUUGUCGGGUUGUUGUGGAAUAAUGUUCGCAAGGUGUGGGCUUUCGUGUCGACUUUCCGAUUCAGCGAUAAUACGACGUUAUAG